ACAGUGAACUCGGAUUUUGGUUGAGGUGCACCAGUGUUUAGGAAAAAUGGCAUCAUGGAUAUUCGUGGCAAUUGUGAGCUGUCUGGUAAGUGGACUGCAGGCUCAAAUCAACUACUGUAGCACUAGCUACUGCCGGAACGGUCGUCAGAACGUUGGUUGCAAUCCUCCAGGCAUCCCGGGAGGACCGGCCUGCGCUGGGUUGAAACCCAUGGUUAUAACGAUCAACUCUACGCUACAAACGUUGAUCCUUUCCGAGCACAAUACGCGCCGAUCGCAACUAGCUCUAGGUCAACUGAAACCGUUCCUGCCGGCCGUUCGUAUGCCCACCCUUACCUGGGACGAGGAACUUGCCAAACAGGCUGGUAAUAAUGCACGCAGCUGCCAGUACCAACAUGAUAGCUGCCGUAACACGCCCGUCUAUGCGUGGGCUGGACAAAAUAUUGCACUGGCGCAGUAUUCCCGCAUGACCAAUACGAUAUCGCAGCUAAUAAGCUCCAACAUCGCUUCCUGGUGGAAUGAGUACAGCUUUACUAAGCAGGAACAACUCAACUCCUAUCCAUCGAGCAAUUCUGGACCUGCCAUUGGACAUUUCACACAGAUGGCAAGUGACCAGACCGCCAAGAUUGGGUGUGCCAUGCAGAAUUGGGUGAAUGGCAACUGGCAGACGUACUACUUCGUGUGUAACUAUGCUGUCACCAACAUUAUUGACCGUCCAGUCUACAAAGCUGGAGCGGUUGCUUCGAAAUGUACUACGGGUCGCAAUCCAACGCUACCUGGACUGUGCUCAGUAUCAGAAACUAUCAAACCUGUUCCAAACUAAUUUAAUGCAGCAAAAUAAAGCAAUCCAAUGAUAUGAAAUGCCACUCAAAACUAUUGUAUGAACCUGAACAU